UGAGGUCUGGCUGUGUCUAGAGAUUGUGACUUAGGGUUGGCAAAGCUCACGUGCAUUUGGAAGAAUGCGCAGCUUAGCUCCCCGGGAAGCCCGAGCUCCUUUUGCUUGCCCUGGUAGCAGCCGUGUGGCAAGACCUCUUCUGCGGAGAACCCCAUGCUGUCGACCGGUGCAGGCAUCAGCAGCUGCAAAAGGCCCAGUCGUGGUGGUGGACAACUAUGACAGCUUCACGUACAAUCUCUGCCAGUACCUGGGUGAUUUGGGGUGCGAGUAUGUCGUAUAUAAGAAUGAUGAAAAGACGGUCGAGGAGAUCAAGGCCAUGAACCCUCGCGGCAUCCUCGUCUCACCGGGGCCAGGGAGGCCUGUGGAUUCGGGCAUAUCCCUUCAAGCUGUCCGCGAACUGGGUCCACUAUUUCCCUUGUUCGGGGUGUGCAUGGGACAUCAGUGCAUCGGCGAGGCUUUCGGAGGCGAUGUGGUGCGUGCGCCCUGCGGUGUGAUGCACGGCAAGACGUCCCCCGUGUUCCACACGAACGUUGGCAUCAUGGAGGGUCUUCCCAAUCCUUUCCAGGCGUGCCGCUACCACAGCCUGGUGAUCAAGCGGGACACCAUUCCUGAAGAUCUGGAGAUUACAGCCUGGACGGAGGACGGCACUAUCAUGGGCGUACGGCAUAAGAGGUACCCUCACAUCCAGGGGGUGCAGUUCCAUCCGGAAAGCAUCAUCACGCAGAGCGGCAUGAAGAUCGUUGAGAAUUUUGUCAAGUCGCUUUAGGAACUUUGUUGGUUGCUAAAGUGGGAGUGGCGGAAUACAUUUUUGGAAAGGGACAUCUGGUGAGUAGGGUACUAGGAGGACCGGGAGGUUGGGGCUAGGUGAGCGUAUAAGCUUUGGAACGAGCGCGUGGAGUGUUAAGCUGUGCGUGGGGGCCGAAUGCGUGUAAGUGCGAUGUACUCGGGCAUAUGGGUGUUUGCGUGCAGAUUUGAGGUUUGGCUUUGAAGGGAGUAUGGGAUAUCCUAUUGGAUAAGUGUGGUAAGUGAUGGGAGAGGUGACUCCGUCGACUCAUUACGUUGGGAAUUGCCGACGCGAAACGGACGGGUUAAGUUCGGAGUGUCAGCCUGGCGCCUUGACCCAUGUUAGACACGUGAUCAGUACCAAAUUUUCGUGGGCAGGGACGGUGAACCCGGUAGGUCUGCUUGUCACCAUGCAGCCGCGCAAGGAAUUCUAAAGAUAAGAUUCCUAUCUGUAAUAACUCGAGU